AUGUCCCGACAAUUUUAUCCACAUUUUUUCUCGAAUCGAUUCUUCGAUGAUUUUCGUGAUCGAAAUUUUGAACGCCAUUUUACGAGGCCUUAUUGGACGGAUUAUACGUUAAAGGAAUCGAAUAAAUUUGGCGAUGGGGUUGGCAAUAUUAUUGACGAUGACGAGCAAUUCUCGAUUACAAUUGACACGUCGCAGUUUUCACCCGAGGAUUUAAAAGUGAAUAUCGUGGAUGGUCAGCUGAUUAUCGAAGGUAAACAUGAAUCGAAGAUUGAUCAAUACGGAGAGAUUGAACGAAGCUUUGUAAGGAAGCUUAUGUUACCAAAAAAUGUUACAGCAGAAUCGGUGACAAGCGAAUUAACCAAGGAUGGAAUGCUGACAGUACAAACACCGAAGAAGUCCACUGACGCGUCUCGCGUUCGAACCAUUCCAAUAUUUCGAAAGGACUAA